AUGGCCAAUUUGGCAUUAUAUAAUUUUAUUGUACACAACUUGCUGCAAAUCAAUUUGAGCAAUGUGCUCAUAUUUCAUUGUUGGCACCCGCCAGAUCUUUUGCCGUUGGGCCAAUUAUUCUCUCACAACAUGAUAUUUUCACAAUACAUAAACCUGAAUCAGUCCAACGAGCGCUUGCUUAACUUUAGCAAGGCAUAUUUCGAUAGUGAAUUAAACAAAUUGGGUGUGUUUUUAGACUUGAACUGUGAGCAGAGCAAUUUUAUAACAAAUCAGUCCAGUCAAGCCCAGCUCUAUACGCAAGACUUUCAUUGGCUGAUCUACGAUAAAGCAGGCAAUAUGACUCGCUUUGAGGAACUCUUUGCGCGUGCCAAUCUAAGCAUCAAUGCAGAUGUGACCUAUGUGAAAGAAGAGAAAUACUCCAAGCAUGAUAGCCUCUUUACGCUCUACGAUGUCUACAAUCCAGGCAGCCAUUUGGGAGGUCAGCUCAAUAUAACAAUAGAUCAGAGCAUCAACUGCAAUCGAACCCAAUGUGAGCUCAAGCAUUAUUUGAGUGAAUUAUACAAACGACCCAGACUGCAGCAGCGCAUGGAUUUGAGCGGAGUUACCUUCCGACAAGUUGCCUUGGUGACCGUAAAGCCAUUGAGCCUGGGCGAGCAGAUGCUGCUCGCUUUUUUGAAUAGCGAGGAGAACGUGCACAUGGAUUGGACCUCACGCGUGGGCUAUCGCCAAAAUUUGCAUCUACAGGAGCUGCUGAGAUUCAACGUAACCUACAUUUGGCGAAAUCAGUGGAGCAUAAAUGAUACCCAGGGCGGCGCCUUGGGUGUGGUGAUCGACGGGAAUGCCGAGCUGUCGACGUCGGCAUUUGUGAUCUCAGGUCAGCGGCUGCGCUACAUCUUUCCCACCAUGGAAGUUAGCCAAUUUCGCUCGAUUUGCAUUUUUCGCACUCCACACAAUGCCGGCAUCAAGGCGGGCGUCUUUCUGGAGCCGUUCAAGCUCAGUGUUUGGCUAGUGUUCGUCGCUAUACUGAUCCUGGCCGGCAUGAUGCUGUGGCUAACCUUUCGACUGGAGCACCGUUGGAUGCAGCACUGUAUGCAGUAUAUGCCCUCGCUGUUGAGCAGUUUGUUGAUUAGCUUUGGCGCCGCCUGCAUUCAGGGCUCUCAUCUGAUACCCAGCUCGACGGGCGGCCGUCUGGCGUUCAUAGCACUCAUGAUGACCUCAUUCCUAAUGUACAACUAUUACACAUCGAUUGUGGUGUCCACGUUAUUGGGCUCGCCGGUUCGUUCCAAUAUUAAAACCAUGCAGCAGCUGGCCGACAGCUCUUUGGAUGUGGGCUUCGAAACAAUACCCUUCACCAGAGUAUAUUUAAAUACCUCGCCCCGUGCCGAUAUCCGAGCCUUGGUCAAGCACAAGGUGGACGGACAUGAUCCCAAAAAAAUCUGGAUGUCAGUCGAUGAGGGUGUGCUGCGAGCCCGUGAUCAGCCGGGAUUCGUUUUCGUCUCGGAAGCCUCGAGUCUAUACACCUCAAUCGAAAAGUUUUAUUUGCCGCACGAGAUAUGCGAGCUAAAUGAAAUAAUGUUCCGCCCGGAGAGCAAUGUCUACACGGUAGUGCACAAGAAAUCCACUUACAAGGAGCUGCUGAAGCAAAUCCAAGUGCGCAUGCUGGAGACGGGCAUCACGCAAAAGCAUAAGCUCUUCUAUACCAAGGCCAAGCUGCACUGCUUCGCCAACAAUUAUGUCAUCAAUGUGGGCAUGGAAUACGCAGCGCCGCUCUUUAUAGGCCUGCUGCUCUCCUACUUUGCCUCGAUGAUUACCCUAAUACUGGAACUAGGCUGGGCUUACGUCGGCAGACGACAAUCGCAGCGUUUGCCCACUGCGGAAUCACUUUUGCACAUUGCACAUUUAGCCAGCAAUGAAAUGCUGUACACCCAAUAUAUUAACCUUAACUACACGCACUUACUAACGGAGCGCUUAAGGAAUAAUCUCUUGGAACACAAACUCGUCAAGCUGGGAAUUUUUCUGGAUAUUAAUUGUCGAGGCAGUGCGAAAGUCUUGUCUAAGGCCAACGAGGAACACCUAUUCAAUGGACGCUAUCACUGGCUUAUCUACGAUCAGAGCUUCAACUUGACUGAAGUGCAUGAACGGUUUGAAGAGACGCAACUGUACAUCGAUACGGAAUUGACUUAUGUAGAGCCCAGCCCAGAACUCGAUAGCUUUGUACUCUAUGAUCUGUAUAACAAGGGCAAGCAUCUCGGCGCAAAGCUAAACAUGACCGUAGAUCGGCAGAUCAAUUGCAAUGAUCAGCACUGUGAAUUGAGUCGUUAUUUGAGCGAUCUUCAUACGAGGAAUCGUCUGCAGCACCGCCGAUAUCUGACUGGAUUAACCCUGAGGACCAAUGCUGUGGUAACUGCCGUUCCUGCCAAUUCACCCGAAUCGCAGAUUAAGGACUUUCUCAGCCGGGAAGAUGAUAUAAAUAAUGAUUCAUUUGCCAGAUUAGGGUUUCAGACGCAUCAAGUGUUCAAGGAUAUGCUAGAUUGCAACUAUACCUAUAUAUUCCGUGAUCGGUGGUCGGAUUCGGAACUGACAGGAGGUCUCCUAGGAGACAUACGCAACCAAAGCGUAGAUAUGACUGCAACCGGCUUUCUGUUCUCCAGUCGACGUGCUAAAUACUUUAAAAUGCUGUCCUGGUAUUCAGCCUUUCGCUCCACGUGCAUGUUCCUCAAUCCCAAAUCCUCUGCAGUCGAGCUACGCAUUUCGGAGUUUCUGCAGCCCUUCAGUGCGACAGUUUGGUCUAUAUUUGGCUCUUUGCUGUUGAUUGCUGGGCUUUUACUCUGGCUGACAUUUCGUCUAGAGCGUCGACUAAAUCACAUAGACAUCAGACCCUCGCUGCUCACCAGCUGCCUGCUGUCGUUUGGUGCCGCUUGCAUUCAAGGCGCCUGGCUACUACCGCGCUCCACAGGCGGUCGCAUGGUGUUCUAUGCCGUAAUGUUGUUAUGCUUCCUCUUGUACAACUAUUAUACUUCGGUGGUGGUAUCUACUCUGCUGGGAGAUCCACCCAAAUCGAACAUACGAACGAUCCAGCAGCUGGCGGAUAGCAACCUCGAGGUAUCCGUUCAGCCAUUGAUAUAUACCAAAGUCUAUAUAGAGACAUCAAGUUAUCCCGAUGUGCGUAGUCUGCACUUGAAUAAGAUUUUGAAAGCCAAGCGAGACAACAUUUGGUUACCCCCCGAUGAGGGUGUUAAAAUGGUGCGCAACUUUCCCGGAUUUGUCUAUAUUACCGAGGCAUCCAGUUCAUAUGCUUAUGUGCGCAUGCACUUUCUGCCCCACGAGAUUUGCGAACUCAAUGAAAUUCUUCUGCGGGACGAGACAAGUGCUCACACAGCGGUGGCCAUUAACUCCAGCUAUGCCGAACUGUUUAAGCUAAACCAUCUUCGCCUGCUGGAAACUGGAGUCCACUUCAAGCACUUUCGAUAUUGGGUUCGCAACAAGCUUCACUGCUACGACAGCAAUAGGAGUGUGGUAGUGGGCAUGGACACUGCCGGGCCACUGUUUCUGCUGCUGAUCUGUGCCUAUAUACUGUGCCUGUUUGUUUUGGGUCUGGAGAUAUUGUUCCACAGGCGACAGCUACGAGCCGGCCGUCCAUAA